AUGAAGGGUACUACUACUAGCUGCAUUGAUGAUCAAAUACUAUGUGAGAUACUAAGCAGACUUCCAUUGAAAUCGCUUGUGCGUUUCAAACGCGUAUGCAAAUCUUGGCAAUCCUUGAUUGAAAAGGAUCAGUGGUUGAUCAAAUUACACCAUCGACGGCAAUUGAAAACAAGUCCACAUCUCUAUUUUUUGACCAGUAAAGCUGUAUUAGAAAGUCCACGGGUCUUCAUCGUGAAUCUCAUGGUGUCUUUUCCUAAGGAUGAAAGCGUUAAAUUUGAGAUUCCUUGUACAGCAAACUUGUGCAUAGACACAAACCACAAAGAAAUAACUACAGCAACAAAAACCAUGCAAGCCAUAUCGAAUAAAGAUUUGUUGGUUUGUCAGCAUAUACAAAAACCCAUCAACGGUAUGAUAUGCUUAAUCGACAAAAUAGAAAGAAAAGAUAUGGACUCUGACAAUGAAGUUAAAGAGGAUCAUGCUGCAGGUCUAUACAAUGUCAUCACCAAAGAAGCGACACCUUGGAUCAGAUCAGCUUACUUAGCACAAGUAGAGAAAUUAUGUGACUUAUCGAAAGUAGAUGUAUAUCGUACUUAUGAAUUUGGAUUUGAUCCUACAACAAGGGAAUACAAAGUGAUUUGUAUGUGGAGCAUAUCUGGGUAUGAGCUUCCAAAAUUGGAAGGGUACAUGGAGUACACAAUAUACGAAGACGAAGAGGAGAAUUACAAAAUGUGCGAGGCCUUGGAGAAGGAUUGA